AUGAAACGUCCAGUUAGCCUCGAAGACCACAUCAUACGAUUCAUUCUCGUCAAGCAAAGCGAGAAUAGCCACCGCUUGGUCCUCCGACUUUCACACGCCCAGUACGAUCGCAUAAGUCUGCCUAGCAUCCUACAAGUUAUCAAAGCCGCCUACAAAGGCACCACACUCUCGAGCAGCAAACCUACUCCACCUUCAUCUACAGUAUCCGCACACAAGACUCCCGCCAAUCCGACGCAUACUAGACCACGCUACUCAAAGACUCGCACAUGCACCACCUUCGCCACCACCGUAAAAGCCGCCUGGGCCCUCGUCCUCUCCUCCCUCGCAUACACACCAGAUACCGUCUUCGGCCAGGUGAUAUCAGGGCGCAUCGGCUCCCUCUCCGCCAUUCACGACGUUGUCGAGCCCAGCCUGAACAUUCUCACCGUGCGCGUGCCCUUGCAACAUACCUGGACAAACGCCGAUCUCUUACGCUUCAUCCAAAACCAGCAUGUCGCGAGCAUGCCGCACGAAAACUACAGCAUGCGUUCCAUCAUCGAGCGCUGCACUGCGUGGCCGGAAGCCACGCGCUUCAGCUCCAUUCGCCAGCAUACCAACUUCGGGAAGCAGUUCUUCGGGGAGGUACUAAGCGCGAGUAGGGAGAGCGAGAUGAUGGGAUCCAGUCCGCCGCACGAUGUUGCAGAUGUGUGGAUUUGGACGAGACCGGUGAGAGGGGGUGUUCUCGGUUGA